GGAGCGGAAGGAGGAAGAGCAGAGGGAAAACAUUAAACUCUUCAAGUGAAAAUCCUCUAUAAAUAUAACAUUUGUGCAAUGGAAGUCCCCGGAGCGGACAGCGACUGGAGGAGCCCUCAGUUCCGACAAAAAGUCGUCGCUCAGAUUGAAGAGGCCAUGAGGAAGGCAGGAACAGCCCACACCAAGUCGAGCAAUGACAUGGAGAACCACGUUUACGUCAAAGCCAAGUCCAGAGAGGAGUAUCUGUCUCUGGUGGCGAGGCUGAUCAUACAUUUCAGAGACAUCCACAAGAAGACACUCGGAGCUCCAGAUCCCAUGAAUGCCCUGACUAACCUGACAGGGGUUGGAGGGGGCCCGGGCGCCAUUGGCAUGGGGCCUCGCCCCACCGGUGCUCCAGUGGGUGGCAUGGGGGCCAUGGGGCCGAUGCAGAUAGGCCAGCAUGCCAUGGCAGGGGUGGCUGGAAACCCACAAGCCAUAGGGGGUCCGGGCCAGAUGCCGAUGCAGCAGAUGGUGCAGGCGCAGCAGGCGCAGCAGCAGCAGCAGGCGCAGCAGCAGCAGUCCAUCCAGUUCCAGCAGUUCCAGCAGGCCCAGCAGCAGCAGCAGCAGCAGCAGCAGAACGCUGCCAUCCAGCAGCAGUUCCAGGUGCAGCAGCAGCUGAGGUCAUCGGAGGGGUUUGUUAGAGGGGACUUUGUGACAGAGCUGGCAGUGACGGGGGUCCUCCUCAGGGGUCAGGUCUGGGACGGGGCUACGCCCACGUGGCCAGGUCAGGCUCGGACUACAGGUGUGACGUGGGGCUGCCACCUUGUGGGCUCACCACCUGCUCAGGCUCAGGCUCAAGCCCAGGCCCAGGCCCAGGCCCAGGCUCAAGCUCAGGCUCAGGCCCAGGCCCAGGCUCAGGCUCAGGCUCAGGCCCAGGCUCAGUCCAUCCAGCACAUGGUUCAGCAGCAGCAGGUUCAGGCCCAGGCUCAGCCUCAGCCGGGUCAGAUGCCUCCACACGCUCAGCAGCAGCAGCAGCAGCAGCAGCCCGGCAUGGUGCCUCAGUCUCUGGCCGGACAGAUGGCGUCCACUCAGCACGUUCCCAUCAACUCGCUGAGUCAGCAGCAGCAGCAGCACCAGCUCAAGAUCCAGGCCUUCCAGGCCCGUGCAGCCUUGCAGCAGCAGCAGCAGGUCCAGCAGGCGCAGCAGGCCGCAGCGCAGCAGGCCGCAGCACAGGCACAGCUCAACGCCGCCGCCGCCGCUGCUGCCGCUGCCGUUCCCGGACAGUUGGUCCGUCCUGGGAUGCAGAUUCAGGCCCGCCUGCCUCGAGCGACCCUGAACCCUUCCAUCCCUCCCCCAAAUGCUGCUGCCGCUGCCGCCGCCGCCGCCGCUGCCGCCGCCGCCGCGGUGGGAGGACAGCCAAUGACACAGCAGGUACAGCAGCAUUCAAUGAUGUCAUCGCCAUCACCAGUGCAGGUCCAGACGCCGCAGUCGAUGCCUCCGCCUCCUCAGCCGUCGCCUCAGCCUCCAACUUCGCAGCCCAACUCAGCCAGCUCCGGUCCCACUCCGUCUCCGGGGGGUUUCCAGCCCAGCCCGUCCCCUCAGCCCUCACAGAGCCCCGCCAAUGCCCGAACCCCCCAGAACUACGGCGUCCCCUCUCCUGGACCACUCAAUACUCCAGGUAACCCCAGCUCAGUGAUGAGUCCAGCUGGAGCCACGUCUCUGGAGGACCAGCAGUACAUGGAGAAACUCAAACAGCUCUCUAAGUACAUCGAACCUCUUCGCAGGAUGAUCAACAAGAUCGACAAAAAUGAAGACAGAAAGAAGGACCUGAGUAAGAUGAAGAGUCUGUUGAAUAUCCUGACGGAUCCAAACACCAGGUGUCCUCUGAAGACGCUGCAGAAGUGUGAAAUCGCUUUAGAGAAGCUGAAGAACGACAUGGCUGUGCCGACCCCCCCUCCCCCUCCGGUGGCCACUAAACAGCAGUAUUUGUGUCAGCCACUGCUGGACGCCGUCAUGGCCAACAUCCGCUCUCCGGUCUUCAACCACUCUCUGUACCGAACCUUCGCCCCCGCCAUGACCGCCAUCCACGGACCCCCCAUCACGGGUCCCAACGUCUCUGGAAGAAAGAGGAAGCACGAGGAGGACGAGCGGCAGACCAUCCCCAACAUCCUGCAGGGAGAGGUGGCCCGCCUCGACGUGAAGUUCCUCGUCAACCUGGAUCCUUCGUUCUGCAGUAACAACGGCACCGUGCACCUGGUCUGCAAGCUGGAUGAUAAGAACCUUCCCAGCGUUCCUCCUCUGCAGCUCAGCGUUCCUGCCGAUUAUCCCGAUCAGAGUCCAUACUGGGCCGACGACGGGGACCAGUACGGUGCCAACAGCUUCCUGCAAACGGUCCACAGAAACAUGACGUCCAAACUGCUGCAGCUGCCGGACAAACACUCAGUGACGGAGCUGCUCAACACCUGGGCUCAGAGCGUCCGGCAGGCCUGUCUGUCUGCCGCCUGAAGCCCCGCCCACCUGACAUCAGCUGCUACACACACACACACACACACACACACACACACACACAGAGUUCAUCAGAAACAGUCUGAUGUGGUCUCAGACUGGUUUCAUCAUCAAACAUUAAAGACUGGGAAAGAAACUGGUGUGCCCCACGCUCAUCGCAGUCCCUGAACGCUCCAUGACCGUCGUAACUGACAUUGCCUUGCUGGGUCCCGUGGUCUGAUCCUGACAGUAUUCCUGAUGAAUUCUGGGUAAAUGAAGCUGUGUUCAGAAGUUCUUUGAUCACAGAAGCACCAGUUUCACAGUUUGCUUGUAUAUAAAAUGUUUCUGCAGUGACGGGCCGCUUUCAAAACGUACAGACCACCACGUAAACAGCUGAAGUCCUUUAUCCCGACACAUCUCUGCUCCCUGAAUGCAGCACAUGGUUCCCUUCAUUUAGCAGGAACGAUUUGUUUUGUACCACAGAGGAGCGCUGCGAUAAAGACUCUAAAAAUGUUCGUACACUUUGCUCUUCAAAGCAAAAAUAUAAAUGUUUGUUUGUUUUUGUCUUUGCUAUCGCGAAUAAAAACUUUUCAGUUCAACCU